AUGGCACCAGCUUCGCUUGCAGGGCUUCUCGGAGCCUUUGGGCUAACAGUUUCAGCUUCUGCUUCUGUGGCCGGACGAGUCGUCAAUGAUCCUAGCACACCGUUUGAUGUACUCGAUUUUAUCGACCCUCUUAUUGGGACUUCUAAUGGAGGCCACUCAUUCGCUGGGGCAACUUUGCCCUUUGGAAUGGCCAAAGCCGUGGCAGAUACUCUUGGAGAGAAUCAGGCCGGUUUUGCCUAUGAUACGCAAUACGUCUCCGGAUUCUCUCACAUGCAUGACUCUGGGACUGGUGGCUCGCCUUCUUUGGGAAACUUCCCUCUUUUUGUACACCCAAGCUGCCCCCGCGAUGACUUAGACCAAUGCGCCUGGCAGCAGUCUGCUCGCGCUGUAGCAUGGUCAUCGCCGCAGGCUCGACCAGGAUACUUCUCAAUCUCGUUAGAUAACGGUCUCCUUGCUGAAAUGACCGUUACUAACCAUUCCGCGCUGUAUCGUUUCACUUUUCAGAAUGCUUCUAGCGAGCCACUAAGCCCUAUCGUUCUCGUUGACCUUUUGGAUCUGCCUCAGUCCCGCACCAACGGCACAGCAUCAGUUGAUCCGUCAACGGGAAGAUUGACAGGCAAUGGCACUUUCAGUCCUAGUUUCGGCAUUGGGACGUAUGACCUGCAUUUCUGCGCGGACUUCAAUGGGGCUCAAGUCCGGGACACCGGCGUUUGGCAAAACAACCGGGCGGGUGUGAACCAGACAGCCUUAUCGCUUACCUUAGAUGGCAGUAACUCUGCGUCGACUUUAAGCGGAGGUACAUUCGCCAGGUUUGAUGCUCCCAGAGAUAAUAAUACGCUUAUGGCCAGGGUUGGGGUGAGUUUCAUAAGCGUGGAACAGGCGUGCUCUAAUGCAGAAAAGGAGCAGCCCAAUUUUGACUUUCAUGGAACAGUGCAAGCAGCGGAAAAUGCAUGGAGAGAAAAACUGAACGCAAUCAGUAUCAAUUCAGAGGAAACUUCGACCGAUCUGCAGAAAGUGUUCUGGAGUGGCAUUUAUCGUGCAAUGAUCAGCCCACAGGACUACACAGGAGAGAACCCACUCUGGCAAAGUGAUGAGCCGUACUAUGACAGCUAUUAUUGUAUAUGGGACUCUUAUCGCGGUGUCCAUCAACUGCUGACAUUGGCGGAUCCUUUGUCCCAGUCUCUGAUGUUGCGGAGUCUUAUCGACAUUUAUCGCCACGAAGGCUAUCUUCCCGAUUGCCGUAUGUCACUCUGCAAAGGCUACACCCAGGGAGGUUCCAAUGCAGAUGUCCUUCUAGCUGAGGCCCUCUUAAAGAACGUGAGCGAUAUCGAUUGGGCGACCGCGUAUGAAGCUGUGGUGAAAGAUGCUGAAGUCGAGCCUUCAAACUGGAACGUCGAGGGCCGCGGCGGCCUCACUAGCUGGAAGACACUCAACUAUAUUCCUACCGAUGAUUAUGAUCCUUAUGGUGUUGGACUGCACACGCGCAGCAUUUCAAGGACAGUCGAGUACGCCUACGAUGAUUGGUGCAUUGCCGAGAUGGCCCGAGCUCUGGGCCAUCAGAGCGAUAACGAGAAGUACAUGCAGCGCGCUAAGAACUGGCAAAACAUGUUCAAGGACGAUCAGCAGUCAACAAUCAAUGGGGUAGACACCGGAUUUACUGGCUUCCUCCAGCCUCGCUACCCGAACGGAACAUGGGGCUACCAAGACCCGAUCUUCUGUAGCCCCCUGUUGAACUUUGACUCGUGCUACCUCAACGCCAACGGCCACGAAACUUAUGAGGGUAGCGCUUGGCUCUACUCAUUCUACGUCCCGCAAGACAUGUCCGCCCUGAUCAAACGCCUCGGUGGACGAGAGACAUUUGUCUCUCGGCUUUCAUACCUGCACAACUCCGGUCUUCUCUACGUCGGCGACGAGCAGGCCUUCCUCACUGUUCAUCAAUUCCAUUACGCCGGACGCCCCGGUCUCUCCACCAAACAAGCUCACGCAUAUAUUCCCUCCCAGUUCAACACCUCGGUGUCAGGUAUCCCCGGCAACGACGACGGGGGCGCGAUGGGGGCGUUCGCCGCUCUGAGCAUGAUGGGCCUGUUUCCGGUCCACGGACAAGAUGUCUACCUGAUCAAUCCGCCAUUCUUCAAGGAGGUCAGCAUCCAGAACAAGGCCACGGGGAAGGUUGCGACAAUCCGUAAUGUCAACUUCGACCCGACCUAUCAGUCAAUCUACAUUCAGAACGCUACACGAGAUGGUCAACCAUGGACCAAGAACUGGAUCAGCCAUGACUUUUUUUUCGAGGGUGGAGUGCUUGAGCUUACGCUUGGUGCUGCAGAGAGCGAUUGGGGGACCCGAGAUGAGGAUCUGCCGCCGAGUAUGAGUGGUUGA